ACGUCAUAACUGUGCGUUUGGUUUACCAGCUGACGCUCAAUGUCAGCUCGCAUGUAUUUUCCUCUCCGUUUCUUUUCCUAACGGCAGACUCCCUCGCUAACUAUAAUGCACCGAGCUGCACACACGGCUCUCUGUGACUGGCCUCAGUUUGUCAAGCCGGCGAUGAUCCGACAGAGCUUAAGAUGCACAGGCUCCCUGCAGACAAGCUCUCGUGCCUACAGUGUUAUUCCUCCGCCGCGCGACAGGGAGGAGGAGGAGAUGAUGCACCGGAUGCUGCGCGUGGACCACGCAGGCGAAUACGGCGCUAACCGCAUCUAUGCCGGGCAGAUGGCAGUGUUGGGUCGCUCUAGGACUGGACCUCUCAUCCAGCAAAUGUGGGAUCAAGAAAAGAAACACCUAGCAAAAUUCAAUGAAAUCCUUGCUGAGAACAGAGUUCGACCCACAGCUUUGCUGCCUCUCUGGAACCUUGCUGGGUUUGCUUUGGGGGCGUCCACCGCUCUGCUGGGUAAAGAGGGGGCCAUGGCGUGCACGGUGGCAGUGGAGGAGAGCAUCUCUGAACACUAUAACAGCCAGAUCAGAGCUCUGAUGGAGAGCGAUCCAGAGAGAUACACCGAACUGUUACAAAUGAUAAAGGAAUUUAGAGACGAUGAAAUGGACCAUCAUGAUACAGGAUUGGAGCACGAUGCCGAAUCGCUACCUGGAUACUGGCUACUGAAAAAUGCAAUCCAGCUGGGCUGCAAAGCUGCCAUAUACGUUUCUCAACGUGUCUGAUUUUUUAAUUUUUUUUUUUGAAUAAAAUGCAACACAAUUCCUUUCCGUUUCAGUUCACACUUUGGAAAUGAGUUUUUUUGAAGCUGUCAUCAACGAAUGAAGGGAUUCGUGAUGCAACACGUUGUUGUACCUCUACCAGAUGAUAACGUUUGGUGCCCAUAUUUUUCUAAAAAGACUUAAACUACUCCGCACUGACCGCAGCAUUGUCAGAAAAUUGUGAUUCGUUGAUUAUGCUUUGGUUUGUUUAAAGCACUCAUGCUAAAAUCCGUCAGUAAUGUUCUUUUCUUAAAUGUGUGAUUUUGGUUUUAGUUUUGCAUUCUUAAGAGGGCUGAAAAAAGAUGUUGCUGACUAAGCUGAUUACAUCGCUCUUUCAAUAAAGAAAUUCAUGAAAUA